AUGGUUAAUUACUGUUGUGUGUAUGGUUGUGGUCGUAAUAGCCGGUUGAACAAACAUUUAAAUUACUACAGCCUGCCUAAAGAAAGGCAUCGGCAGGUUGAAUGGCUGAAAGCAGCUUGUCGGGAAGACUUAUUGAAAAGAAUAGAGGAAAAAGCUGCUGUAUCAAGUCGCAUCUGCUCCCGCCACUUCCCUCCAUCCAGCAUUAAAAAUAGGCAUUUGAGCAAUGAUGCGGUGCCAACAUUAUGUCUCCCAGGAAGCUGGAACGAAGAAGAAAUUGAACCUACACCAGCAGUGCAUAAUGACAUAAUUUGUGACAAUUGUGGCAAUCCAAUCAUGGGAUUCCGUUACAAAUGUGUUAAUUGUGAAGACUUUGAUCUCUGCCAAAAGUGUGAAAUGCAAGAAGCACAUCCUGACCACUAUAUGCUUAGAAUUCCAAAACCUCUUAAAUUUAAGCUAGCAGAUAAUCUCAUUACCAAAUGGCGUAAACUAUUUAAAUCGGCACACAUUUUACCAAACAGUGAAGAAGAGAGCAAAGUACAAGAAAAUAUGUCAAGUGAUGAUGAACCUAUUACUAAAUAUGCAAAAGACUAUGACAGUGGAGUAGAUUUAUCUGAGGAUAUCAAGUUAAAAAUACGCAAGGAAGUAACCAGAGUUCUGAAAGAUAAAUUAGAUGGUGAACAAACAAAAUUUGUCAAAGAAGACCCAACAAAAGCUAAAAGAAAAAUGAGUUUCAAAGGCAACAGACCAAAUAAAAGAAACAAAACUGUGAGGACAAGCAUAGAAAUUGAUAAAACUUCAACAGUAGCCACAGUGAGCCUAGAUAACAAUGUCCCGGAUCUAGUGUUUGCAGAUGUUAAUGAAAUUAAAGAUGAACAAGAAGGAGCUAGAAAGAAUGAGUUAGCUGCUUCAAUUGCUUCAGUUGCAUCAGAUGCAACAGACAUGAAGUUAGAAGAUGAUCUAUCACAGCUAAUGAUAGAAAUGACAAAAAGCGGUAAACAGAUGUUGUACAAGUAUUGUGAUGGUAAUUUGAAA